AUGGCCGGAAAAAGAGAAGAGAAAGAAGAAUUGUUUUGUUGCUCAACUUUGUCGGAGUCUGAUGUGUCUGAUUUUGUCUCUGAACUCACUGAUCAACCCACCCAACCAUCCAUGGAUCCAUCUUUAUCUCUUACUCCUCGAGAACAAAGUAACUCGAGACAACGAAACUACAGAGGCGUGAGGCAAAGACCAUGGGGAAAAUGGGCGGCGGAGAUCCGUGACCCGAACAAAGCAGCUCGUGUGUGGCUUGGAACAUUCGACACUGCUGAAGAAGCUGCAUUAGCAUAUGAUAAAGCUGCAUUUGAGUUUAGAGGUCACAAGGCGAAGCUUAACUUCCCCGAGCACAUUCUUAUCAACUCUACUCAUCAUCGCCAUACAUCAACCACUACUACUACUUCCCAUGAUCGGACUAUCGUAACGCCACCUCCACCAGUUGCUCCUGACAUACUUCUUGAUCAAUACGGCCAGUUUCAAACUGGAUUAAAUAGCGAUACCUGUGCCAACUUAUCCAUGACUAUGUCGCCUUCUUCUUCUUCGUUGAGUCAUCGAGGGCAUAGACCAAAACUGGAGGAUGGUGAGAACGUGAAGAACAUUGGUAUUCACAAACGAAGAAAAUAG